CGCCCAGGGCUGUCACCGCGCGCUCGCCGAGCGCACCGACCCGGGACGCGGCAUCUGGGGACCGCCAGCGCUCACCCGCAAUUUCCCCUGUCGGGGUCCUCAGCUCGCGCUGCCCAUUGAGCACCCGCCGGGGAGGUAGGCGAUGUCCGCCGCGGUCCGUCGCGGUCCUCCGAGCGGCCGGGCUCAGCGGCUCGCGGGGCCCCUCUGGUGCUUGGCGGCGCUGGGGAUGCUGUGGUCCCCCGCUUCUCGGGCUUUCAACUUGGACGUGGACAAGCUCACGGUGUACAGCGGCCCGGAGGGCAGCUACUUCGGCUACGCAGUGGACUUCCACAUACCUGCAGCUCGCACAGCGAGUGUCUUGGUGGGGGCGCCCAAAGCCAAUACCAGCCAGCCAGACAUCGUGGAAGGGGGAGCCGUGUAUUACUGUCCUUGGCCCGCCGAGGGGUCUGCGCAGUGCAAGCAGAUACCGUUUGACACCACCAACAACCGAAAAAUCAGAGUUAAUGGAACCAAGGAACCUAUAGAAUUUAAAUCAAAUCAGUGGUUUGGAGCAACGGUGAAAGCUCACAAGGGGAAAGUCGUGGCCUGCGCCCCUUUAUAUCACUGGAGAACUCUUAAGGCUACAUCAGAAAAGGAUCCAGUUGGCACUUGCUAUGUGGCAAUUCAGAAUUUCAGUGCUUAUGCAGAGUACUCUCCUUGUCGGAACAGCAAUGCUGAUCCUGAAGGCCAGGGUUAUUGCCAAGCAGGAUUUAGUCUGGAUUUUUAUAAGAAUGGAGACCUUAUUGUGGGAGGACCUGGAAGUUUUUAUUGGCAAGGUCAAGUGAUCACUGCCAGUGUUGCAGAUAUCAUUGCAAAUUACUCAUUCAAGGAUAUUCUAAGGAAGUUGACACGAGAAAAACAGACAGAAGUGGCUCCGGCUUCCUAUGAUGACAGUUACCUUGGAUACUCAGUUGCUGCUGGGGAAUUUACUGGAGACUCUCAGCAAGAAUUGAUUGCUGGAGUUCCAAGAGGAGCACAGAACUUUGGCUAUGUUUCGAUUAUAAACUCAACAGAUAUGACCUUUAUUCAGAAUUUCACUGGUGAACAGAUGGCAUCUUAUUUUGGAUACACAGUUGCAGUAUCAGAUGUGAACAAUGAUGGAAUGGAUGACAUACUGAUCGGAGCCCCCCUCUUUAUGGAACGUGAAUUUGAGAGUAACCCUAGAGAAGUAGGGCAAGUUUACCUGUACCUGCAAGUGAGCGCUCUCAUCUUCAGAGACCCGCAGGUCCUCACAGGUAGCGAGGUGUUCGGGAGAUUUGGCAGUGCUGUGGCACACCUAGGGGACCUGAACCAAGAUGGAUACAAUGACAUUGCCAUUGGGGUGCCUUUUGCAGGCAAGGAUCAAAGAGGCAAAGUGCUCAUUUAUAAUGGGAACAAGGACGGCUUAAACACCAAGCCUUCCCAAACUCUGCAAGGAGUGUGGGCCUCACAGACUGUCCCUUCUGGAUUUGGCUUUACUUUAAGAGGAGAUUCAGACAUAGACAAGAAUGAAUACCCAGAUUUAAUUGUGGGUGCAUUCGGAACGGGAAAAGUAGCUGUUUACAGAGCAAGGCCAGUGGUGACUGUGGAUGCCCAGCUUCUGCUGCACCCAAUGAUUAUCAAUCUUGAAAAUAAAACUUGCCAGAUUCCAGGAUCUCUGACACCUGUGGCCUGCUUUUCUUUAAAAGUAUGUGCAUCAGUAGCAGGCCAGAGCAUUUCAAACACAAUUGGUCUGACCGCUGAGGUGCAAUUAGAUACCCUGAAACAAAAGGGAGCCAUUAAACGUACCCUCUUCCUUGACAACCAUCAAUCACAUCUGGUCUUCUCUCUCCUGAUAAAGAGGCAGAAAUCCCACCAAUGCCGGGACUUUAUUGUUUACCUGCGAGAUGAAACUGAAUUCCGAGAUAAAUUGUCUCCAAUCAACAUUAGUUUGAAUUACAGUCUGGAUGACUCCACCUUUAAAGAAGGUCUGGAAGUAAAACCAAUACUGAACUACUACAGGGACAACAGUGUUAGUGAACAGGCUCACAUCCUGGUGGACUGUGGAGAAGACAAUAUGUGCAUUCCUGACUUGAAGCUGUCAGCUAGACCAGAUAAGCAUCAGGUAAUCAUUGGAGAUGAAAAUCACCUUAUGCUCAUGAUCAAUGCAAGAAAUGAAGGAGAAGGAGCUUAUGAAGCUGAAGUCUUUGUGCUAAUACCAGAAGAGGCAGAUUAUGUUGGGAUUGAACGCAGCAACAAGGGAUUACGACCACUGAGCUGUGAGUACAGGAUGGAAAAUGUAACCAGAAUGGUGGUGUGUGACCUUGGAAACCCGAUGGCGGCUGGAACAAAUUAUUCUCUGGGCCUUCGAUUUGCAGUUCCACGUCUUGAGAAAACAAACAUGAGCAUUAACUUUGAUCUACAAAUCAGAAGUUCUAACAAGGACAACCCAAACAGCAAUUUUGUGAGCCUGCAAAUCAACGUCACUGCUAUAGCUCAAGUUGAAAUAAGAGGCGUGUCGCACCCUCUGCAGAUUGUUCUGCCCAUUCACAACUGGGAACCGGAAGAGGAGCCCCGCCAAGAGGAGGAAGUUGGACCAUUAGUGGAACAUAUUUAUGAGCUGCACAACAUUGGACCAAGUGCCAUCAGUGACACCCUACUGGAGGUGGGCUGGCCAUUCUCUGCCAGGAAUGAGUUUCUUCUCUAUAUUUUUCACAUUCAAACUCUGGGACCUCUCCACUGCCAAACAAAUCCUGAUAUCAACCCACAGGAUAUAAAGCCUGCCGCUCCCCCAGAGGACACCCCUGAGCUUAGUGCCUUUUUGCGAAACUCGACCAUCCCUCAUCUUAUCAGGAAGAGAGAUGUCCCUAUGCCGGAGCCCCAAAGACAGAGACCCACAAAAAUUCUGAACUGUACAAAUAUUGAGUGCUUGCAGAUCUCCUGUGUGGUGGGACGACUAGAAGGAGGAGAAAGUGCAGUCCUGAAAGUCCAGUCCCGGCUAUGGGCUAAGACAUUUCUCCAGAGAAAAAAUGAUCCCUAUUCUCUUGCAUCCCUGGUAUCCUUUCAAGUUAAGAAGAUGCCUUAUAGAGAUCAGCCAGCAAAACUCCCAGAAGGAAACAUAGCAAUCAAGACAUCAGUUAUUUGGGCAACCCCAAAUGUUUCCUUCUCAAUCCCAUUAUGGGUAAUAAUAUUAGCAAUACUUCUUGGAUUACUGGUUCUGGCCAUUUUGACCUUAGCUUUAUGGAAGUGUGGAUUCUUUGACAGAGCAAGACCCCCUAAAGAUGAUAUGACUGACACGGAACAACUGACAAAUGAGAAAACCCCCGAGGCAUGAAAAGGAAAACCAAAAACCUAAAAACUCAAACCCUGGUCCAGUUCAAAGAAAAGAAAGGACAGUAGGAUUAAAGAAAGAUCUUCCUGGCCCUUUCCUGUGACCUAGGAAAUACAAGAGCCCUGGAAAAUAGGACCUCAUCUACACCAUGCUUUGGAAAAGUUGCCAUGGGCCCAGAGGCCCCUUUGAAAAAGGAAAUGUCCUCCACGCUCUAAGAACCAUCAGCAGUUGUGGCAGAUUUCUCUCGCUUUUGUCAUCCUGUGUUUGGCAGACACUUUGAAAUGGGUCUGGGAACUGAGCUUGCUUUCCAGGUAAAUGCAACUUAAGCCAGAAAGACAAAAUGUCUGAAUUACUACAGAACUUAGGGGGUGAACUAGGACCAAACCUUCCAACACUACUGUACCCAAAGGAAUAUUUGACACCUCCCUAUGGAAAAGAAACAUUUCUAACUGAUGCUAUGGCUCAGGGAGACAAACAUAUGUUGGUAGUACUUAAUGAAAAAGUACUUUUGAAAUGACAAAGAUAAUCUUGUGAGGAUAGCAAUUUAUUUAUUUAUAUUCCAUUUCUCUAGGCUGAUAUUCUGGUCAUCUAGAAGAUUUGGAAGUUAAGUUUUGCUUAGCUAGUUUUCAAAUCAUUCACUAAAUUUUUCUACUAAGAUAAGCAAUUUGUGCAGAUAAAUCAACACAUCUUUUGCUGUUCCUUAACAGCAAAAGGAACAACAAAUGGGUUAAGGAACAGCAAAUCGGUAUUAGGAUACAGUUUCACUUAAUACCUUGCUGCCUUCUUCCUAAAAUUAAUUCUACUUUCCAAAGACUCUCAUUUGCUUAAUUUAGCUUUACACAAAGUUGCAUUUAAAUUUCCCUUUAUUAAAAACAUAAUCUUUCCAUUGACUUAAUUGACAAAGCAUAAAUAUACAGAUACUCUCCACCUGGUAUUGUGUUUCAAAGUAAUGGUAAAAUUUCUAAGGUCUAUUAGUAAAAAAAAGCAAUGUAACACAUCAGUAAACACAGUAUUUUUAGUAUCUUUAAAAAGCAACACCAAUAUUUAGUUUGGGAUCAAAUGUCUAUUUUCUCUACUGUAUCUCAAACUUGCAAACACAGAUAAAACAUGUUAAACAUAAAUAGGAAGGGAAUAUAAAGUUAUGCAAAUGUGAGAUGAACCUAGAAAGUGGAUUUUCUUUAGAAUUGCCUGCUCCAACUUUACUAUUCAUUUUUACUGUUAAUCUUUAUAUUACAUAACUUUGGAAAGUAAUCUUUAUUUAAGCUAUCUUCCCACCAUCUUGAAUUUAACCAUCUUGAUAUUUAAAACUCUUGUAAAUAAUCAUAAUCAUGUAAUAAUGUUAUUUUUGAAGUAAAAUUGACCAGCCAAAUUCAGUUAGUCUGCACAAUUUUGUAUCCUUUUAUAAUGAUGAAAAAUUACUAUGAAGAAAUGCUGAACAAAUUUUUAUAUUUAUGUGCAAUAUUUUAUAGACCUAUGUAUCUAAAGCAUGUUUACACUGGCAUUAGUUAUUUUUUAAUUAAUAUCCCAAAUAUUAAGUAUGAUAGAACAAAAGGACCAAAAUCCUUAGAGUUUAUAAAGCAGUUGGAAAAUUUGUAUCCCAAUUUCAACAAUCACACUUGAUUUGAAAGAUGAGUCAAAUCCACAGACACGGAAUUUUCUCAUGCCUUAACCUGGAAACAGGCCAUCUGGCUCCGACUGCAGAACUUCAUUGGGAACCAAAUGAAAGGCACAUGGAAAGACACACGGAUGCACAUUCUUCCUGCUUGUGAAUUAAAUCCUGUCAUGGUAGCAGUUUCAAGUCUGUCAGGAAUCAAAAUCUGGCUCUCAGAGUGUGUUCCUGAUUUUAGGGAGAAUCAUAUGGGCUUCAAAGAAGGUCCCAAAACAGCCUCUGGGGCUCUUGAGUGUUAGCCCUCUAGGCAGAAUAGGUUUUACAGAAAGGUCAACUAUUAUGAUGAGAAGGGUGUCUGAGAGAGGUCUCUGCGUCCACCCUUCCCCACCAGUAAUGCCUGUACUCCUGUCAAAGUGCCUGACUUUUGACCAAUAGAGAUUAGAUAGUCAGAAUUUUGUUUAAGCUCUUUGAGAGAAUAUCCCCCUUGCUUGUUACCUUUGGUGAAAGAACCCAGGACUCUCAGGGCUAGGUCAGUGUAGGAUGCUGUAAAGGGUGGUACAGACACCUGGAGGACACUACACCAGCUGUGAGGAGACCUAGGACCCAGGACAGAACAAAGUAUGAGCUUCAGUGACAAGCUCUCUCCUCCUCACAGUCCCAUCCAGCACUGGUCCUGUUCUAGAGGAAUGGCCCUUGCUACCCACAGGUGUUUCAAACACCACGCAUGCAGUGGCCCUCUCUGCCACUUGAGAUGUGGAAACUAGAAUGGUGACAGCUGAGGUCCAGGAAUUCCACCCCUUCAUCAGUACUUGAGCAUCCCUUCCUCAUGGAAAAUGCUCUCCAGUGCACCUGUGUGUCUGCUUCUCAUCCUGGCAUCACCAAUUGCCCCCAUAAUUCAUAAUGCGCCGUGCUUCUGUUAGAGUCUAUUAUAGCUUAGGUGUUCCUUUUAAAAUUCUUGCGGUUGGCUUUUGAAGUGUGGAAACAAUGGGCCAAUCGAGUUUUAUAAACCUGGAGCUUUUUAUACAGUAAAUGAAUGACAUGUCCUUAGCUGCCACUGAAACCCCUCUUUGAACACAACUUUUUCUCAUUUAUUUAAAAAUGUGUGUAGAUAUUUGUGAAGAUUUUCAUGUAUGUAUUUACCUUGUCACGAAUAAACUUAAAAUUAAA